AUGAAUCGGACUACCUCCUGGAUGACAACAGAAUGCAAUUUCCCCAACAAUUUCGGAAAUCCGAGAGAAAUUGAGGAGUUGGAAAGCUUUUGGCCGAAUCCCUUGGACAAUCCACUACAUUAUCGUCCCCAAAGUGAACGGAUUUGGAAAAAAUUUCAAGGUGACGACAAAUAUCAUUCGAAUGGCGAAUCUCUGCUACACGAAAUUGUGUUUUGCUUCAAUGAAAAUUUGUCACCGAUUGACUGUCCACCGGAAUCGACCAAUGAUUUGGAGUGGAAUAUCUGCAGGAAAUUGAAAAGAACUAUUACAGCACCCACUGACUAUGGAUGGCAAAGAACCACUGAAUUCGUUCAAUUUAUACACGAAAAUGUUAAUAAAUCCGGCGGUUUAGGGAGCAGUAAACGUUAUCAUGGACAAAGUAUAUCAAGUAAAAAAGAGGAAGAAGCACUCGUUGAUGAGAUUGACUAUCAAGCAUUGAAUAAAAAUCUUUUGCAACAGCUGGACAAUGGAAAACUGCUAAAAGCUUCGUAG